GCGUGAAAGAGGUGUAAAUAAAAACUGUUUAGAAGACAGUGCGCGCGCCCCUCCUUUUGAGGAAGAUUGUCAUGUGACAACACAGAGGGAUCUCGAGGAGACACAGAAAAAGGGGGACAGACGCUCACAGACUUUAGCACACACACAGAGAAGUCCGGGUGAGUCAGACCAUGAGAGAAGACUUUGAGAUUUUGAUUCUGUGCUGAAGUUAUAGGCUAGCCUAUAAUGGACAGCAAUUCACAAACUCCUAAAACAAACGAAUGAAACGCACUGCAGAGGCCUAACUUGCUCAAAACUUUUUACAAGAAUGGAUAUUAAGUGAGUGUCAGCGGAGGCACCUGUAUGUAGCUAUUAAGAUGUCUGACUUUUCACUUCGAAUGAGUCUGCGAUUUUCAACAAACUCGGAGUGUUUUGAAGAUAUUCAUAACUGAACUCAAGGUAGCCUAAUUCACUCGGGAAAAUGCCUCGUCCUGGAAGAAACACGUACAGCGAUCAGAAGCCGCCGUAUUCGUAUAUUUCGCUCACCGCUAUGGCCAUUCAGAGCUGCCCGGAGAAGAUGCUCCCGCUCAGCGAAAUUUACAAGUUCAUCAUGGACAGAUUUCCUUAUUAUCGGGAAAACACACAGCGCUGGCAGAACUCUCUUCGCCACAACCUUUCCUUCAACGACUGCUUCAUCAAGAUCCCUCGGAGACCGGACCAGCCGGGUAAAGGCAGCUUCUGGGCUCUCCAUCCCAGCUGCGGGGACAUGUUUGAAAACGGGAGUUUCUUGAGGCGCCGGAAGAGAUUCAAAGUGAUGAUCACCUCCGAGCACCUGCAAAAACCCUCGGACGCUGCGCAUUACCUCCAGCAACAAGCGAAACUCAGAAUGACUGCUUUAGGGACACAUCUACCUCAGAUGACCAGCUACAACUUAAGUGUGUCUCAACCCUCCACUUUCAAACACCCCUUUGCCAUUGAAAACAUCAUUGCCAGAGAUUACAAAAUGCCAGGAAGCCUUGCUUUCUCCACCAUGCAGCCCAUGUCUACGGGUUAUCAGAUACACAAUCAACUGACCACGGCAUGGCCCCACAUGUAUAGCAGUAACGUGAUAGAUGCUGAGUAUACUGCUUAUGGAGUACCACUCAAAUCCCUGAGUCAUGGCGCGCAAAGUUUACCGGCGAUCCCUGUGCCAAUCAAACCCGCUCCAGCUUCGGUUGCGUCCAUCCCGGCGCUGCAUGCGCACCUUCCAGCGUUCCUCUCCCGCUCUCCACAGUCCCUCAGCCCGACGUCUCCCAGCCAGAGCAGCCCCGCCACACCGAGCCCGACCUCGCUGCUCCAUUCGGUCGCCGUGCACUGUCAAGAGGUCACUUAAAACUUUAAGAGGGACUUCAAACUUUCCUUACACAUCCACCCUGAUUCACUGGCACCGACCAUAAGGCAAGACAAAAAAAAACUGACAGUAUACAAACCAUCUUAUCCGAAACCUGUGAAAUGAUAGAAAGUGACUAUUUCAAAAUACAGUGGAAUUAAAUAUUCUGUUUACUUAUAGCUCAAUUUGUGUAUGACAUAUAUGUCAUGAAUUUAGGCUACCUCAUAUUAUCAAAGGUCAAGAAUCCUAUUGAAAAAUGCACAAUGAAAAUGAAAAUGUGAGAACAAGCGUAAAGAGUUUUGGACAAUAAAGUUCAUUAAGCAGAAUUACAAAGACGACCAUUCUCCAUGUAGAUAAUUUUACGUGUAACUUAAAAUUUUGGGCUAUUUUUAAACCAUUAAGUUUCAUCGAAAGACAGAAAAUGACUGAGAACCGCAUGUAUAAGCACAGAUGCUGCAGCGUU